UCAAAAAUCUUCUUCCACUGUGCAGAGAGCUUCCCAGUUGCAGAGUCGGUUCGGAGCUUUAAGCGGCUAUUGAAGCUGCACACUCAACAUUCUCAGUCUAUCUUAUUCUCCUUUGCCCGCGCAUCUAAUCUCUUAAUCUCUCUAAUCCGGAGGUUGGAUCGAAAAAGUAACGUGCGCAUCAACGAAUAUGAGUAAUACCUUAGGCAAUAAUAUACUCCACCAGAGUUUGCUUCGUCCCCCAGUCGUAGAACCUCAGAGUAAACUCAGUUCUUCUGGCAUCCCCGCAAACACUUUGUUUCAAGCUGCGUCCUGGAACAAAGUAGCAGCGCAGACACGGAAGUCACCGCUAUCCACGAAAUUUCUUGGGAACAAUCUGAACGUGCUGAAGCCAAAUUUAGCCAUGGGAACGCGUCGACCUUUGAAAUUUAAUCUGCGUGCUGUAUUAGCCACAGAUCCAUCUUCUGAGCAGCUUGCAGGAAAAUUCAAUCUUAAUGAAAAUAUAGAAUUGCAGGUUGGUGUAAGUUCUCCUGCUCAAGGGGCUGUUACACAAUUAGAUAUUCAAGUCUCGUAUGGCAGUGACUCUUUAGUUCUUCACUGGGGUCUUAUAUGUGAUAGAAAAGAAAAGUGGGUACUUCCUUCUCGUCGGCCAGAAGGAACAAAAGUGUACAAGAACAAAGCACUGAGAACUCCUUUUAUGAAAUCUGGAUCCACUUCAUUCCUUAAAAUAGAAAUCGAUGAUCCUGAAAUACAAGCUAUAGAGUUUCUUGUACUUGAUGAAGACCAAAAUAAAUGGUUUAAAAAUAAUGGUCAAAACUUUCAUGUUAAAUUGUAUAAGAAAGAGAAGUUGACGCCAGAUGUUUCGGUUCCAGAAGAUCUUGUACAGCUUCAUGCGUAUCUGAGGUGGGAAAGAAAGGGGAAACAGAUGUAUACCCCAGAGCAAGAAAAGGUGGAAUAUGAAGCAGCUCGAACUGAGUUAUUGGAAGAAAUAGCCAAGGGUGUGUCUGUCCAAGACCUCCGAGUGAAGUUGACAAACAAGAAUGAUGUUAGACAAGACAGGGAGCCAUCCAUUUCUGAAAAAACGAGAAUUCCUGAUGAUCUUGUACAAAUACAAUCUUAUAUCCGAUGGGAGAAGGCAGGGAAACCUAACUAUUCCCCAGAUCAACAACUUAAAGAAUUUGAGGAAGCAAGAAAAGAGUUGCAAACUGAGCUAGAGAAAGGUACUUCUCUUGAUGAGAUACGAAAGAAAAUUACCAAAGGAGAGAUACAAACUAAAGUUGCAAAGCAACAGCAUCACAAGAAGUCUUUUAGUGCUGGAAGGAUUCAGCGCAAGAAGAGGGAUUUAAUGCAGCUUAUCACUAAAUAUGCGGCUGAAACUAUAGAGGAACAAGAUUUGUUCAAACCAAAAGGCUUGACAGGAGUUGAAAUUUUUGCUAAGACAAAGGAAGAACAGGAUCGUGGUCAAGUUCUGAACAAGAAAAUAUACAAGCUUGCUGAUAAGGAACUUCUUGUAUUCGUCACCAAAUCUGCGAACAAAACAAAGGUUCAUCUGGCCACGGAUUUCAAAGAACCAGUUACCCUUCACUGGGGUUUAUCCAAGCAAAGACGUGGAGAGUGGUUGGAACCACCUCCAACAGCAUUGCCCCAGGGUUCAGUUUCUGUAAACAAGGCCAUUGAAACACAACUUACAAGUAGUUCUUCUACAAAUCCCCCUUAUAAAGUCCAACACGUAGAAGUAGAGAUUGAAGAUGACAGUUUUAAAGGGAUGCCAUUUGUUCUUGUUUCUAAUGGAAACUGGAUAAAGAACAAUGGCUCAGACUUUUUUAUUGAAUUCAGUGCUGGAACCAAGCAAGUUCAAAAGGAUGCUGGUGAUGGCAUCGGCACUGCCAAGGGUUUGCUGCAUAAAAUAGCAGAGAUGGAAAGUGAGGCCCAAAAAUCCUUUAUGCACCGAUUUAAUAUUGCAGCAGAUUUGUUAGAUCAAGCCAAAAAUGCUGGGGAACUGGGUCUUGCAGGAAUGUUGGUGUGGAUGAGGUUUAUGGCUACACGGCAGCUCAUAUGGAAUAAAAAUUACAACGUGAAGCCACGUGAGAUCAGUAAAGCACAGGAUAGGCUUACAGACUCGCUUCAGGAUGUUUAUAGGAACCAUCCGCAGUAUCGUGAACUUCUGCGGAUGAUUAUGUCCACUGUUGGUCGUGGAGGUGAAGGUGAUGUGGGACAGCGAAUCAGAGAUGAGAUUCUGGUUGUCCAGAGAAACAAUGAGUGCAAGGGCGGAAUGAUGGAGGAAUGGCAUCAAAAGUUACAUAAUAAUACUAGUCCUGAUGAUGUUGUAAUCUGUCAGGCACUGAUUAAUUAUAUUGAAAGAGACUUUGAUGUUGGAGUUUACUGGAAAACUUUGAAUGAUAAUGGAAUAACAAAAGAACGCCUUCUAAGCUAUGAUCGUGGCAUUCAUUCUGAACCAAAUUUCAGGAGAGACCAGAAGCAUAGCCUUUUGCGUGACUUGCGAAACUACAUGAGAACUCUGAAGGCAGUUCAUUCAGGUGCAGAUCUUGAGUCUGCUAUUUCAAAUUGUAUGGGUUACAAAUCUCAGGGUCAAGGCUUCAUGGUUGGUGUGCAGAUAAAUCCCAUCUCUGGCUUGCCAUCUGGAUUUCCAAAUCUGCUUCAGUUUGUCCUAGAUCAUGUUGAAGAUCAGAAUGUAGAAGCCCUGCUUGAGGGUUUGCUAGAGGCUCGUCAGGAGCUUCGACCACUUCUCUCUAAGAGUCAGGAUCGCCUGAAGGAUCUUUUGUUUUUGGACAUAGCCCUCGAUUCUACUGUUAGGACAGCUAUCGAGAGAGGAUAUGAGGAGUUGAAUAAUGCUCCACCAGAAAAAAUUAUGUACUUCAUUGCUCUGGUUCUUGAAAAUCUUGCACUUUCAUCAGACAAUAAUGAGGAUCUCAUAUACUGCUUGAAGGGAUGGAAUCAUGCCCUAAGCAUGUCCAAGAGUAAGGACAAUCACUGGGCAUUAUAUGCAAAAUCAGUGCUUGACAGAACCCGCCUAUCACUUACUAACAAGGCAGAGCUGUACCAGCGAGUUCUGCAACCAUCAGCGGAGUACCUUGGGUCACUGCUUGGAGUGGACCAAUGGGCUGUGAAUAUAUUUACUGAAGAAAUCAUCCGUGCUGGAUCUGCUGCUUCAUUAUCCUCACUUCUUAAUCGACUUGAUCCAGUUCUUCGAAAGACUGCUAAUCUUGGGAGUUGGCAAGUUAUCAGCCCUGUUGAAGCUGUUGGAUAUGUUGUUGUUGUGGAUGAGUUACUUGCUGUUCAGAAUAAAUCAUUUGAGCAGCCUACAAUUCUAGUAGCAAAAAGUGUGAAAGGAGAGGAAGAAAUUCCAGAUGGUACAGUUGCUGUGCUAACUCCUGAUAUGCCUGAUGUCCUGUCCCAUGUAUCUGUGCGAGCAAGAAAUGGGAAGGUGUGCUUUGCUACAUGCUUUGAUCCCCGUAUCCUGGCUGACCUCCAAGCGAGGAAAGGGAAGUUAUUGCGCCUAAAACCUACCUCUGCUGAUAUAACGUAUAGUGAGCUGAAGGAGGGUGAGCUAGAUGCAAGUUCAGCUAACUUGAAAGAAGAUGCUUCUUCACCUCGUGUCACUUUGGUCAGAAAGCAAUUUAGUGGUAGAUAUGCCAUAUCAUCUGAGGAGUUCACAAGUGAUAUGGUUGGAGCUAAGUCACGUAAUAUAUCAUACUUGAAAGGAAAAGUGCCAUCUUGGAUUGGGAUUCCUACAUCAGUUGCUCUACCAUUUGGAGUAUUUGAGAAGGUUCUUUCAGACAAAUCAAAUCAGGCAGUUUCUCAGAAGUUGGAGCUUCUGAAGAGAAAGUUAGGAGGAGGAGAGUUCGGUGUACUAAGGCAGAUUCGCGAGACAGUUUUACAGUUGGCAGCACCAACCAAAUUGGUGCAAGAGCUGAAAACUAAGAUGCAAAGUUCAGGAAUGCCUUGGCCUGGUGAUGAAGGUGAACAGCGGUGGGAGCAGGCAUGGACUGCUAUAAAGAAGGUCUGGGCUUCAAAGUGGAAUGAGAGGGCAUAUUUCAGCACCAGAAAAGUGAAAUUAGAUCACGAUUAUCUCUGCAUGGCUGUCCUUGUUCAGGAAAUCAUAAAUGCUGAUUACGCAUUUGUAAUACACACCACUAAUCCAUCUUCAGGAGACUCAUCAGAGAUAUAUGCUGAGGUUGUAAAGGGACUUGGUGAAACACUAGUUGGAGCAUAUCCUGGUCGUGCUCUAAGUUUUCUCUGCAAGAAAAAUGAUCUGAACUCUCCUCAGGUGUUGGGUUACCCAAGCAAACCCGUUGGCCUUUUUAUAAGGCGGUCUAUAAUUUUCCGAUCAGAUUCCAAUGGUGAAGAUCUAGAAGGAUAUGCUGGUGCUGGUCUUUAUGACAGUGUACCAAUGGAUAAGGAAGAGAAAGUUGUGCUGGACUACUCAUCUGACCCGCUGAUGAUUGACGGGAACUUUCAGCACUCGAUCCUCUCUAGCAUUGCUUGUGCAGGUAGUGCCAUUGAGGAGCUGUAUGGGACUCCACAGGACAUUGAAGGCGUGAUUAGAGAUGGAAAAGUAUUCGUGGUCCAGACGAGACCUCAGAUGUGAUUCCUUUUUCCCCUUUCUUUCUUUCUUUCAUUUCUUGUUAAAAACCAUAUAUAUCCUCAUGAUUGCGUUGUCUGAAUGAGAAAAACCAUGCAAAGCACGACCUGAGGAAAAGAAGGAAGAAAUAAACUAGGAAAAAUAAUGAACAAGUGGUCAAAGAAGCUUACGCGAAUAAAGGAUGGGGCUUCUUAGAAGCUGAACAACGUAGUUUAUAAAUUACUCUCUCUGAUAUAUUGUUCAUUAUUGAUCUUAUUGGAAUAUGUAUAAAUAUAUGACUCUGGGGGUAAUGUCCUCUCAAAUUUGCGUGA